GGAAGUGUGAGGAUGUCUCUAAUAUGUGACGUGAAUGUUGGAACACGGAAGUUCGAAAGAGAAAGUUCCAAGAACCGACAGACAGCUCUGCACUGAACCCGGUGUCCUGAUGGCUCUCUCACUGUGCUGAUAAUUCAGAAGAGCCCAUUUACGUGACUUUUAAACUAGGAUCUGGUUGGCACCCUCUUCAGUGGAUUGUCCUGAGGAUAUCUAUUUUCUAUCUUCACAUCCACGUAGAUCAACUCCCGUUUAAAUUCACAAUCUUCAAUAUCAGAGAUCCUGAAAAGACACAAAUUGUUCUCUGAUCUUAUGUGUCUUGUUUUGGGAAAAAGGACAGAAAACUCUGAAAUCUUAAAAUCUCACGACUAAACAUAUAGCACUGAAGGAGGAAUAAGGGGAAUGGAAAGGGGUGUUAUUUCCUUUAACUAGUGACCCCAAAUUGCUUAUUACAGUACAAUUUAAGGGUCUAAUGCUACUCAAGAACCUGUGCAUAAGGUUAUUACAAACAUGUUCCAAAGCCACGAUUCCAAUUCUCCAAAAGCAUUACGCAGCAUUCCAAUUCCAAUUUCUCGUCAGUCAUCCCAAUUUAUGUCCAAUCCGCUGGAAAUUAGCCAGACACCCACCAUGCCUUUUAAUCUAGACCAGAGAAAUCAAGGAUCAGAUUCCAAGGAAAUCGUUACCGCUCAUCCAGAAAAAAGUUUACCAUGGUCCAGCUCUGCAAGUGAUGUGGUCAGUACUUCUCAAAUUGAGAGUUCAGUUCCUGUACACUGUGGAAUAGAAACUGCCAAGUGUGAUGCUGAUGUGAAUAAAAAUAGUAGUAAGGAGUGCAAGCAACCCAGUAAACCUUUUCCUAGAAUGGAAACUGAAGUGACUGGGUCUCAUCAUACAGCUAGUGAGAAAAAAACAACGUUUGACACCACAUCUUGCACCACUGCAAAUGAAAAACAGUCACAACCUACUUGUAGUGUACUCCUGAGCAGUUCAUCUGAAUGCACUGCGUUCAACCAUGGUGCAGCUGAAGAUGUCCCUAUACCACCACUUUCUGCUCCUAUGUCAGACCCUCAGUUUUUUAGCUUUGUCAUUCUUCACGCUCCUGACGAUGUGGAAAAUGCUUCCAGGGUCUGUAACAUUUUACGUCAACUUGGUGCUGGAGAAGGCACAACAUUCUAUGAGCAUUUUGAAAUCCCUGGUCAGAAUCCAAUCAAUAGCAUGGAGGAGGCUAUCGAGAACUGUGCCUACAUCAUCCUGUUGUUUACAAAGUGUUUUGAAAACCAGUGGACAAAAUUCCAGUCAAACACUGCUCUCAUGAACUCUAUUAAUGACCCUAGGAAAUUUGGCACAGUUAUUCCUUUCCUGCCUAAAGAAGAUAGACUUGACAGACAUAAAAUUCCACUCUGCCUCCGUACUUUAACAGCCCUGGAUGAGAUGCUGCCUGCCUUUAAAAUGAAGGUGCGUAAGUCAUUUCCCCAACAUAAGGUUCAGGAACAGGAGACACUUUGGAAGACAAGGCAAAUGAUGCAACAGCUGAAAAUUGAGCCAUCCAACAGCAAUUCUGUACCAUCAAAUCACAAUCCCCAUAGAGCAUACCACCCUAUGCCUGCAAUGCCGCCACUGGCACAACAGCCUUUGCAAGGCUCAGCAAUUUGUCUGAAUUUUCCUCAGCAAUCCAUGUCAGAAACUAUGUUCUCCCCCAUUACAGGGAAUGGGCAAACCCCAAUUAUUCAGAUAAACAAUGCAGGAAAUGUACAGAUUGGGAACAAUAACAACAUGAGUGUUCAGGAGAUACCAGGUGCUUUUUAUGGAGAGAAUAACCAGGACUACCACGAGUGUACACAGAGAGAAGAGAAUUUUAACAAUGUUGAAGGGGAGAAUAUUGAAAGUGAAAAUAGAAAUGCAUUUAAUUAAGACAUUGAAUGUUAUUGCCAUGUACAAAUAUGAAUUAAGUUAUCCAAAACCUUGUCAUCCGUAAAACUUUGCAGACAACUCUACAGGAGAAAAUUCAGGAGAAAUUCAAGAGAAAUAUAAUGUUAAAUACUCCAUACGGCGAUGCAGUGGUACAAAAUGCUAGCUACAUUAGGAUGUGCAACAAUCUUUUUACAUUUUUUUUUUUAUUAAUUUUUGCUAAAUUUUUAUUAAGACCGACAGGUGCUAUUCAGAGUGCAAAGUGCUAAUCCUUGACAGACGUACUACUUUACGUCCUGUUUUUGCCUUGAUAAAUCUCUCCCUUCGUUAUCAGUCUUGCUUGAACUAAAAUAUUUAUUUUCACAGUCAAGGUUACUGAACAGUGAAAAGAUGCUGAUAACUGAUAUUUCACAUCCAUGUUUGGGAGGAGGGAGUAUAGUUAGGAGAUGGCAGGAGUUUUUAUACAAGGAGUAGAUAUAUGAAGACUUCUCAAGUGUGUUUUUAGGUUUGUUUUUUUUUGGACUGCAGAGACUAGUAGAGUCAAAUGUGGUGUGGGAGGGUAUGUCAUAAGGAUGGAGAAACUCUGGAAAAGUCCUGCCAGCAGAAAAUAUGGGAUGUGGGUGCAAAAAUUGAAUACUAAAAAGGCGAUGGUGGAGCGAAGAGGCCGGACUUAAAUGAGGCACGAAAACAUUGAACCAAAUCCUAAAUGAAAUAUGAAGCUACUUUAGAGAAGGACAGAGAGGUGUGGAAGUUGGCGGACGUUAGGUAGAUGAGUCUGGCAAAGGUGUUCAUUAUGGACUGUAGAGUGUCAAUCUGGGCACUUUUCAAGCAGAGGGCUAUACUAAUCAAGACAAGCAAUGUGCCUACGGCUUAGAGGUUAAGAUAGCUCUAUUGAUUUAAAAGGAAAAUAGGCACAAAUUAAACCUUAGAGGGAGGAAAGACAAAGAGUUAGGUCUUGGUGAAGUUGAGUUUUAGAAUAAGUCAUCCAGCUGACAGGGAGAAAUAUCAGGUGAGGAGAGGUAGCUCUGGGUAUAAUCAAUGUACAUGUUUUAUUGGUGUUAGUUUUUUUUUUUUUUCAAGGGGCAGAUAGGUACACUUGUAGGUCUCUACAGUACUACAUUAAAGUAACUUUCCAAGCACCAUAAUUAUGACAUCACAUGUAGUGGGUACAGAGACAGGAGUUCCAAGGAGCCCGCAUUGUAAGUAGUCAAAUCAAUUUAGAACGUUUUGACUUAUUACCUGGCACCUCUCCCCACCUCCACUACCUCAGGCAGGGAGCCCAAUCGCUGAGCUAAAUUCAACCGUGCAAGGCUCCGCUCAUUCACAGAGUGUGGCCAGCUGAUGCUUCCAGCCAGUGAGCUAGCCCGAUGAUGAAUGGCUUAAUUCAGGAGGCAAGUACUCAAGAUUUUCAGACUCUCUGCUUGAGGUAGUGAAGGUGGAGAGCGUUUCCCGAUGGAACACAGGUGACAAGUCAAAGCACUCUGGAACAGUUUGACUAUUAACAAUAAGAUGGGUGCCAGUACAUUCCUGGCACCAUAACCACUACAGUGUGCUGCAGGCUUAUGCUGCUUGGGACAUUCCUUGAAUUUAUUAGUAAAAGUUGUGGAAACUGCUUAAAAAGAUGUCAGUUGUCAAUUUUUAAAUAUUGUAGAUUGCCAUAUGGAAGGAAUUACUGUUUGAAAGAUCAAUGGUUCCAUAAUUCGGUAUGCUGGAAAAAGAAAUGUUAUAAUGGUUAUAGAAUCCAAAACUGGUAAACAAGAAUAUAUAUUUGUAGAAUGCACAACACCCCUCCCCGAAUAUUUACUUUUUAUUUUUUAACAUUCUCUGUGUUAACCUCUGGAUAAAUUUUUUUUGUUUUCACAUAAAUUCAAUCUGAGCUCUGCCUUUUUUUAUCUGAACAUUCUAAUCCUGAUAUAGGCUAAUGCAGGAAAGAAACCCCUCUUUGAAUUCAACUACAUGAACUUACUACAUUACAAUACCAGUCAAUUGUAGUUGGACAGUUCUAGACAGGUUCUAGAGUAAAAUUGGAUAUUUACUGGGACACCAUAUGUCCCCACUCGCUAUUACUGCAAAUAUACCCAUAAUGGUAUACCAUUUGGAAAACAUAACAUCUUUAACUACUUCCCGUGGUUGAUGAAUUGAAGUAGUCGUGGUGCCUGGAGUCUGUAUGUGUAGAGUUUGCUAUGAACUGUUGAACACACAAAGUUUAAACAUUCUGCUGCUGAAAGUGUAACUCCACCUCUGGCAGCGUCAUUGGUGUGUCAUCAGCCUGGCUAAUGUCAAUUUAGUGCGACUUUCAUUGCACAGAAUGUCACUCAUUGGCUGAAAAUGGUCAGAUAAUGCAUUUUAACCAAAUGGAGACAGCCGCAAUUUCUGCACCUCUACAGAAGCUGGAUGCGCGUCACCGUACCACCAGGGAGCCUCAGAGCCCAGCGUAGACCCAAGUAAAGGGGGCUAAACCAUUACUAAAUAGUUUGCUCCACUACCUGUGAGCUGUGAGGCCACAGUACUCCUGACAGCAUAACCACUCCAGUAGACUGUAGAGGUUAUGACGCUUGGAGUAAACCUUGAAGACUUGAAAUUGAGAUUUAUUUACUGGGCCUAGCCGCACACAUUUGCAAAUUAUCCCUUUUAUGCUACACCAUUUGCAAAAGUAGGCAACCUGGAAUAUUCCACAUGGGGCAUUUUGAGCCUUUUUACGUGAUCAUGGCCGUUUCACCAUGAGUUUCUACCAGCUUCGGUAGUAAUAAUUUUCCCACUGUGUUUUCCUCACACAAUUUGCAAUAUUCCUAUGGAUUGCACAGACAUGACCAAUGCCUUACUGCCGAAACAUCCCAGUUUUGUAUUCUGCAACAUUAUUCACAAUAUGUACAAACCGUUAUAAAUGCAUAGAUACCG